CUUUGCAGUAGAGGUACUUCUGUAGAAAAUCCCUUGGAGGCAUCUGCAGAUGAUAUUUCCAGCAUUGCCAGUUUCAUUGAGACAAAGCUCGCAAUGUGCUGCUUAAAAAUGAAGAGGCCUAGUGAUGCUCUGACUCAUGCACACAGGAGCAUCAGCAAGAACCCGACUCACUUCCAGAACCACAUGCGCCAAGCUGCUGCAUUUAGGCGCUUAGGGAGAUGCUCCGAAGCUGCAAGGAGCGCCAUGAUUGCUGACUACGUGUACUGGCUGAUGGGAGGCACUAAGAAGAGUACAAGCAAGUACAUCAGAUACUACUGGCAGGCUAUGAUUGAAGAAGCCAUCACUGCCGAGACAUCUUUUGCAGCUAUGUACACGCCAUUUAAGACCGAGGAAAAGGACCAAGACACAAACAAGAUCCAGCACACCUUUGCUAGAAGGAACCCUGAGUACUUGCAGUACAAGUAUACAGAUCCUGAGGCAUUUCACAUCUUGCCACAGUCAGCUAAGUGGCCAUCUGACCCUCCUGUGCUGCACUUACUGACACUGGGUUUUAAAAGCAAAGGUGUUGGAAGACGCGUGGAACAGUGGACACGUAGGAGACUGUCCAUGCUUUCAGACCAGAACGCACUUUUCAAUACUCUCAGGGACCAAGAAGCAGAGAGAUACUGGAAAACCAUUGGUCAGAAGGUCAUGUCAGCCAUGGAUUUUAUAAGGAGCACCAAGUUAAUUGACGAGCGCUGCCCGUGCUCACGGGCACUAGAGAAGCGGCAGCAGGCCAGCCUCUUCGGCCGCAUGCAGAACCUCCAGGAACAGGCCCAGCUGCUCGAGCAAGUGAUGGCUGAGGUAGCCACCAUCCCCUACCUGCAGGACCUCAGUCAGGAGGAUAUCCAACUGAUUGGAGUCAUUGAAGGCUACUUAUAUGAAGUGGAAGACAACUACAUCAAGAACAAAGCCAGGACAGAAAGAAGAAAGAUGGGCCCUCUGCAGGGUGCAGGGAGGCCCCAGCUACGAGCUCAGGCUGCGUGGGGAGGCUUCAUCCAUCAGCUACCAGUGGUGGUGAAGAACCCUUGCAGCUUCCCCAUCGAGUUUUACUCCUUGGAGUAUGACCAGCAGUACCUUGCUGAGGAGCAGGUUAAUAAACUUCUUCCCAACUCGUUGAGGCUCGGGGAGCCGGUGGGGAGCCCCUGA